AUGGAUUUUGGAACUUACUUACGAUUACCAGAUGGAUACAUUCCAUUAUUAAUCCCCCAAAAAUAUUUUUUACAAUUAAAUCUUUUUCAAAACGAAAAUGACUCAAAGAAAGAAAAAGUCACCUCAACCGAUGACGUUUUAUUGCAGGAAUUUGAACAUCAGACAUCAAACUUUAAUGACUCAUUUAUUCCGGCCUUACAGAGCCCGAAUAAAUCCGUUGAUUCUUGCAAAUUAUCAAAUAUAUUUUCUGCAAUACGUAAUCAUGAAAAAGAUUGUGAACCAUCGGAGUCAAAUCGCGAAAAUGGAUAUGAAAUCCCUCAUAUUAUUGGACGUCAAUGUAAUAAUGAUCAAUUGAAACGAAAAUGGAAUUUACUGCAUAAAGGUUGUAAAGAAAAUUAUGCAACUACCACAUUAAAUAAUCAUGAUAUCGUUACCACGAAUCUUGACGCACCGUCCGUAGUGCUUAUAAAAACUGCAGAUUUUAAUGAAAUUAGAAAGCCGUUGAAUGGAAUACAAAUUUCCGAACCUGGUAUAGCAGAAAUAAUUAUCUUGUCACAUGCUAAAGAAAAAACUCCAAAAUCUAUGUUACAAUCCAUACAGCUGACUCGAAUUUUAGAACAUGGUAGUUCAACUUUAACAUCUAGCGUUACAUUAUUACCUACUUCGCAGUCAUAUGAAACAACUCCUAAACUGCCUAUAACAUUGGAGAAAAGAAAGGAUAUGAUGCAGAUUGAAGAAGAAACAUCUUUGGAAUCAAAUGCUUCACCCACACCUACCCUAAUGCAACCUAGUGUUAAAUCAUUGGAAAAGAGAAAAGCCACGGUGCAGAAUGAAGAAGAAACAUCAGAAUCUAGUGCCCCAUCCACACCUCCCCCAACUCAACUUAGUGCUAGAUCAUUAGAAAAAAGGAAAGCCACGAUGCAGAUUAAAUAUUCAUCGCAAUUUAAUACUCUGUUCACAAAACCUAAUGCUAAAUCAUCAAAAAAAAAAAAGGCUAACAUGGCAAGCAUGUUAUUGGAAGUAACGGAGAGAAAUACCGGAUAUAAAGAAGUUGCAAAAUAUAUUACUGAUGUACCAAAUGAAGAAUUUGAAGAUGGUCCUGGAUUUAAAAUUAGAAUUCCAAACACACCCGAUAUUACCCCUUCUUAUCUUCGAAAUAUUAUCAACGAACACAUGGAAAACCUACGCAAUCAGAUCUCUGAGUUAAAAAAUGAACAGUUUACAGGAGACAUCACUAUAACACUCGCACAAAGGGAUAUUACACAAAAUAAAAAAAUUAUUUUUGAACAGUAUAAUCCCACUGAAAUACAUAAAGCACCUCUCGAUACAAAUAUUAAUCGAGCACUAACUGGUUUUGACUAUCGAAGGUACCUGAGUGACCUCAAAGAAUAUGAUUUUUCCUCGAAAAAAUGA